AUGAUGUGGAACGUGGCGCUACGUGUCUCGUUGGCGACCGCAUUUGUCAGAGGAAGGAGGAAGAUUGAAAAUGGAAACUUGUGUAGCGGCUGCGAUGCUGUUGUCUUUGGGGCUCGGUUGGUAUGGGCACGACUUAAUAUGGAGAGUGCGAGGUACUUCGUGCUGAUAGUAUUGAGGUUUCCGGGAUUCUGCUGUUUGUGGAAUGUUUUUGGUCUCCGUUUUUUUGACAGUUCGCGGCGCGGCAGGAUCCCCUUCGAGCCUUUACUUCAGUUGGUUAGUGACCUACGGCCCGGUGCGUUACAUUUUCCAUUUGCCGCCGCUUUAACCCUAGUCGAUUGUUUUAUUUUGGCACUGGGCGCAGCGGUUCGACAUGCCCAUUUGCACUCCCAGAAACAGCAUCUCGCCAUCUUUUGGUGUGCCAUCUUGAGUGUCGUGGCUUCGGUCGACGGGAACUUUCACCCCUUGUUGUUUGGGUAUCUGCACGGCAAGGGAAAGGGAGACAGCGCCUCCGAUUCUACAUCCUUUAGAACAAACACCUCUCAAAUGAAUUUUUCCAUGUUUCUGUGA